AUGGCGAAUCCUAUCGUCCAUCUCACCCACCCCUCCAGCAUGACCAAUAUGCUCCCUAACUCCAUCGUGAUCCACAAGGGAAAUGCACAGAAGAUGCUUCCCAAGGAAGCUCGUCUCCACGUGGGAAACCUCUACAGUGGUGUUCCCUUUUAUGUCCUCGAAGACGAGCUUGAACAGCUCUUUGUCCAGUUCGGUACUUGCUGGGCCCAGGUCCGCAAGGGUAGAAAUAACCUCUACAGUGGCUGGGUCCAGUUUGAAUAUCCUGCCCACGCUGAAGCUGCUCUGCAACAUGGAAAAUUCGUCAACAGAGGCCGGGCUCUCAGGGUAGAAAGUGCCAAUGGAAGGAGCCAUGACUCGACAAAUAGUGUUGCUCUAGGCUAUGCUCCUACUCCCAUGGCACCUCCCGUUUACCACGGCCCUAUGAUGCCCGUGCAGAUGCCCGUGCAGAUGCCUGUGCCUGUGCCUGUGCCUGUGCCUGUGCCUGUGCCUGUGCCUGUGCCUGGUGUGCCGAUGCCAUGCGACCCGGUAUACGGUCCUCCUCAACCUCAUAUUUACCCUCCUACUCAUCAACCUCAUUUCUAUCCUCCUCCUACUCAUCAACCUCAUCUCUAUCUUCCUCCUACUCAUCAACCUCAUUCUUAUCCUCCUCCUACUCAUCAACCUCAAUUUUUUCUUCCCCCUCCUCAGAUGUAUCCUCACCCCCCUGCUCAGUUAUAUCCUCCUCAUCAUCAACCUCAUAUCUAUCCUCCUCCUCAUCCUCAACCAAUUCAUCUUGAGUACCCCUACAUCGUCACCACUCCCACCCGCUCUACACCAUCUCCUAUCACCGCAGCAUCCAUCUCUUCCACCUCCCCAACCAUCGAGAGCCCUUCCAGCAAGUCCUCCUCAGACACAUCCACCACCACCCCCGACAAACCCGAAAAGUCGAAGAAACCGACCGCCCAAAAGAAAGAGAACCAAUUCCAGGAUUCCAAACGUCUCAGAGACAUCCUCCUCAUCACCGGAACUACCGUUGGCCAGUACGUCGACGAUAUGAAACAGGAACUGGGGAUGGAUCUCGACGAUGAGCAGACCGACGAGGUUAUCAAGGAAGUGGUGCUCGAGGCAUAUAAGAAAGGUUGGGUUGUUGGGACUGGAUCUGAGUCUAAGUCUAAGAAGGAGACCGAGACUGCGGAUGAAACCACGCCUAAGAUUGAGACUCAGACUGCGCCCGAGGCCGAGACUGAGCGUGUGUCUGACGGUGAGACUGUGCCUGAGACGGAGGCUGAGGUUGCACCCGUGUCUGCGCCCGUGUCUAAGCCUGAGCCUCAGCCCGAGCAUGAAACUGAGAUCGAGACUCAGACCGCGCCUGAGACUGAGGCCGAGAUGGUGCAUGAGACUGAGACUGAGACUGAGGCGGAGCCUGAGUCUGAGUCCGAACCUAACACUGACACCGACACUGACAAUACGUCUAUGCACAUGUCUAUGACCAAGUCUAAAUCGGAUGCAGUUGUUGAGGAGUGUCAUAUAUCCCACAAAUUUUCUUGGUUCGAGGAAGUGGAGCGUGAACUAUUGGAGUCUCAAAGUGGGCUUUAG